GCGAUUCAUAAAAAUUGCCAUGCCUUAAUUUUCUGUGAAUAAUUCUUGUGUGUGAGGAGAAAAAAGUUAUUGGACAUUUUCAUUAUUGAGCUUGAGGGACACUUUCGAGGGUGGUUUUCCCAUCAUUUUCGCCCCACAGAGUGCACAAAGUUGCGCCCCAUUCGCCUUGUUUUUUGGGGAGAGCGAUUGUGUGACGAAGAGAGGCAAACAGAGGCUAAAAUAUUUAUCAAGAUUACAGCUGCUUUCAUGAUUUUGAUUUCGGUCGCUUCGAUUAUGUAAUAAUGAUAUGAAAAAGUGUUUGCACGACAUUUCCCAUCGACAGGACUUGAUUACAGUACUUUUUUCGGAUUACAAAUCUCCUUUUUUGUGCGCUCUAGAAGUAUAAUUCCGCUUUUUCCGUGUUGGGGAAAAAAGUGCACUUUACGUAAUAUUGCCCAAUUUAUUCUGGGCAUGGGAAAGUGAAUGAAAAAAGUGAGUGAAUUGACGGAAAGAACGUCAGUCAGUGUGGGAAUUUAAUGAAGAGUUCACGCUAUGAAAGAAUCUGUGACGAGUGAUUCAAGGGAAUUGCCAGUAUUUAAUCGCUUUAUCGAUUUUCGCAUGAGGGAAAUUGGCGUUUAAUGAUGUCACCAGGAGGGACACUAAGCUCUUCUGCAGGCUCAUCGUGAAGGUUUUCGAACAGCGAAGGUGAAAUGAAGGGAGAAUAGGGGUGUAAAUUUACGAUCCUGUUAAAUUUGUAUUGCGUGUGACGCCUUCCAGCCAAGCAAAGUGAAGGAGAAUUGUAUAAACCACAAAAUCAAUUAAGUAAUCUCCAUGUUCCGCCGAAAAGGCAGAAGCUAGAGCGUCGUGUUCCCUCUCUUUUAAUGUCUGUGGUCAUGAACAUUGUGUAGUCGAGCAGGGCACAUUGAAGUUGCUGCUGAGCCAUAGUUUCGCUUGUCGCGAACGCGCCCAAAGUGGAACGCGAGGCACGAGCGCCGCCGAGUGCCUCCCGAUGAGUCCUUCGGCGUCCGUCGUGUCGGGGAUGCUGUGGACAUCGCGGAAGGCGCGCUGCUAUCAACGGACAGGACAGCAACAACCAAGUGGAGGCAACUAGCUAGCCAGCGACAAUGAGGAGCGGCAGUUCUGAAUUGCUCCUCGAACAGCAGCAACAGGAACUGCGACUGCGGAAGGCGAAGGAACUGGCCCCAGCCAAGAAGAAUGCCAACAAAGUGGAGCGAACGUGGCGCGAGAAGGCCAACUUCUACGUGACAUCCACGCUGGCCUUCUUCUCCGUCACGGCGGGCGCCUCGCUGCUCUUCCUCGUGCCGCUCUACGUGGACCCCGCCAUCUCCACCCUCGUCUUUGACUUCAUCGACAACCCCACGCUGUGCACCACCACGCGCCGCGAGGACCUCAUGGGCAUCUUCAACUGCUCCUGGAGCUCCUGCCGCGAGGGCUGCACCUCGGACAUGUACCGCUGCACCCACAUCUACGUCACCUACGUCAACUCCACCAAUCUCACGCUGCCCACCUCCGCCGACAUCGCCAACCAAACCACGUGGCCGCACCUGGCCAACUACACCGAGCUGCAGCCGCAGUCCGAGGAGGCGCAGCUGCUCGUCAACAUCAAGGGCUGCGGCUACCCACCAAGCGUCAAGUGCCGCAACUUCACGGACCUGUACGGCAUCGAGGGCGCCAUCUUCCCCUGCUACUUCUCCAAGAUGAACAAAACCGUCGUCAUGACGAGCUACAAUCGCGACGAUCAAGUGUCCAUGAUCGUCAAUUUCUUCGUGGUGCCAUUCAUUAUCACACUUAUAUCAUCAGUUGCGCUGUGCGUCCUGCAUUGUGAUUGUAGAUGCAAACGAGAAAGACAUAUUCGACGACGCGGUCUCAACCGUAGGCCCAGGAUAGAGAAUUUAAGUGAUUCAUCAAUAUCAACUCGAGUUGAUAUGCUAACACCAGCCAUUGAGGUCUACAAACAGCCACUCUGACAUAAAGAAGACACCCUGGAGAGCAAUCUUGGUAACGCCUCGACCAGCAGCGGCUUAUAACACUAUCUCUCCACGGUGUCUGACUCAAUCGUGAGACAGAAGAACAUUAGAAGAUACCGAAUGCACUCUAACAUCUUUUCAUACUUCACUCUCUUGACGAGGAUGAACUUUCACACUUGAAGCGCAUUCUAAAUAUGAACGAGUGUCCAGGAUUAGUUAGUCUCUUAUUGAAAUUUCAUUGCAUGGACCCGAAAUUCUUUCCACACCACAAAAAACACCUUUUACUAUAUGUUAACUUAAGUCACUCGCGUUGUAUUUGGAAACAUUGAGAAAGUAUGAAGAAAUCAUUUAUGAUAAGAGUUUAGUUUAAGUUGUAGUGGAAUUAAAAUAUAUUAUUAUGAUUAUUAUUAUUAUUGAUGAAGAGAAAAAGGAUAAACAUUCGAAAUACCAGUGAAAAAACAAGCGUUUCACUACCGUUAUAGUUCUAAAAAAAAAUGAAUAUUAAGAGGCGUAAAGAUAAGAAAUUAACACUAUAUUGAAUACUUGGAAAUGUUUUUAAAGAUUCGUAGCAUUUUAAGUGCAGUUGAUUUAUGUUUCUUCUUAAAUGUUAGGUAGUCAAAAAGUGCGAUGAGGAAUUUUUUCAGUCCAACGAAGCCGAGCGUGAAACUGAAGACGAAAUAGACCAAUUUUGACAUGAUUAUUUCUUAUAAAUAUCAAGUCGAUCACAAAACAAUCAAAUAUCACAGAUUCAAGGCAUAAAUAGCAUCGAUCUUUGACUACUGAAAGCAUGCGCGGUUGCAGAAAGGAGUGAAUGGUUGGGAAGGUUUAGUUUUUUUCUCUCUCUUUUUUCCGUUUUUGCAAGAUAAGCCAGAUAAUGUGCAGAUCUGUGAUCAUUUUGUAACAAAAAAGCAAUUAUAUUUCGAUGGAUAAAUAUUAUGAGUUGACGAAGAAUGGAGGAAAAAAAGCAGGAAUUUAUACAAAACCAAUUGGCAAAUUUAAUGAUACUUAACUGUGCAAAUACAAUCGAUUUUAGGAAAGAAAAACGUUGAAAUCUCUCUGAUUUGAUCUUCUCAUGCCACACUCUGUGUAAAUGCAAUUAAUGCUAAACAUCACGGUGAAACUGUUGUUGACUCUUGUGUUAUUAUUAUAGAAUGUAAAAAAGCGUCGGAGAAAGCAUUGUAAGCUCAUAAUAUUGGGAAAAAAAACCUGUUGGAUUAAUCCUUGUGUAGAAGAUGCAAAAGUUGCGAGUCGUGUUGGCGUUAGCGAAAGAGUUGUAUAAAAUACUUAAAAAAAAAAUACAUUGUAAGUAAGAUUAAAUCGUGCCAGACAAUAUUUUCAAUCAGUUAGAGAAAGAGAAGAUGUUAAAAAUGAUUAUAUCAAGUAUACUUUGUUAAAGAGAAUUGUAAUCACAAGAGAAAGAAAGAAAAA